AUGGUCGUCCACGUCCCAACCGCCUCCCUCGAGGGCAAAGUCGCCCUCGUCACCGGUGCCGGCCGCGGUAUCGGACGCGGCUGCGCCAUCGAGCUCGGCAAGCGCGGCGCCUCCGUCGUCGUGAACUACGUCUCGUCCAAAGGCCCCGCCGAGGAAGUCUGCAAGAUCAUCGAGGACUUUGGCAACGGCGCAAAGGCCGUUGCUAUCCAGGCCGACGUGUCCAAGGUCUCAGAGAUCAACCGCUUGUUCGACGAGGCCAAGAAGGCAAUGGGCAAGAUCGACAUUGUGAUGAGCAACUCGGGGACGGAGAGCUGGGACAAGACGGAGGAGAUCACGGAGGAGAAGUACGAUCACGUCUUCAACCUCAAUGCGCGGGCGCAGUUCUUCGUCGGCCAGGCGGCGUAUAAGAACCUCGAGGAUAACGGCCGCAUCAUCCUCAUGUCGUCGAUUGCUGCGGGUCUGCUCGGCGUCAAGGACCAUGCGCUGUACAACGCGUCCAAGAUGGCCGUCAUUGGCUUCAUUAAGAGCUUUGCUACCGACUUCGGCAAGCGCGGUAUCACGGUCAACGGUGUGGCUCCCGGUGGCAUCAAGAGUGAUAUGUUCACCCAGAACGCGUGGCACUACAUUCCCGGCGGCACCCCCGACUGGCCGGCUGAGAAGAUCGAGACCCUAAUGGCGAACCACUGUCCGCUUGGAAGGUGUGCGGUGCCGGAGGAUGUUGCGCGGGUCGUUGCAUUCCUCGCCAGUGAGGACGGUGGCUGGGUAAACGGCCAAGUGCUCACCAUCUCUGGCGGUUCCUCGCAGUAG